GAAUGAAACCAUGAAUUCUGCUCUCCAGCUAAAAUCUUGAAAGCUGACAUUAUCAAAGCACACCAGUAAGUCCACCUCUGAAUGAUUCAGAACAGAAAAAAAGAGGAAAAUUAUAUAGUUUUACAGUGGCCUUAAAUUUAGGACUAAUUAAGAUGCUGUGACAUGACCCCUCAGUGUUUCUGAAUUAAACCAAUUCUAACUUCUAGAGGUUAUUAAAUGGGUUCACCAUGUACUUAAAUUCUGAUGGGAACACAAAAUAUUUUCUAUAUUUUCUGCGGUAAGGCAACUGAUGAUCUUUUAGUUUAACGUUUUGCUUUCUCUGCAACUCUUCCUAUUUUUUUUUUUUUUUACAUCGCCUUUAGCUCUGAGAUAACAGUACCACGGAGAGGAUCCAGUCCUCUGGCAAACCCCACGGCCUAUCAUAGUGUAAGAACCUGCGUCUGUGGUUUCCAAUGGCAACCACGAGCCGAGCUCCUGAGAACGACUGUCGCGGAGAGCUGCCCGGUUCCGAGAAGAGAGAGGAGUCAAAGCGGGGAAUUGCUUCACCGACAUGCGAAGCUUAUCGCGGUCAGCUCAUUUCUGUCUUCGCACACUUUCUGUCUAUCGCCUAAUUGCGAAAUCUUCGAAAAAUAAGCACUGGAGUCCCUGUUAUUCGGACGCACUCGCGUUGCCGUGGCAACCACGCACCCACAGCGAUUCAGUUUCAUAAGUGAGGCCGGGGUUGACUGCACUCGGGUUGUUUACCGCGUGGAGAGAGAAAGAAAUCAAAACAAGGCUAAGGCCACCACAGAGAGGGAUUUCGCAGGACUUUACUGUAUGAACAGUUGAAGAGAGGAAAGAAGAGAAAGGGACUGACAUGAUCAUGACUGCUUUGGUUUGUCCUCGAGUCGGUGUUUCGGAGCUGUGCGCAGAUGGAGACAGGUUCCUUCAAAGUGGAAACCCGGGGAAGGCCACAACACUGUACAUGUCUGCCUUCAGGACUCAUGCCACCUCUGCUGUAUCCCACAUGAGGAAACUGGAAAGGUCCAGUCUGGUUAAGGUAAUCUCUACUCUAGAAGGCUGGCUGGACGGUCAUGGGGACAAUCAGUCAGCCGACGGUAUCAAUAAAGGCCUUGCGGCUGUUUUCCUGUCAACUCUGUGCCCCAACAAUUUGUCUGCCACCAUUUUUAAAAUGGAAUCCCUCCUCCAGAGUGGCGGGCUUGGCUGCGAGGAGAUUUUUGCACGCUGCACAGCUCUGCUCGAAAUCAAACGUAAUCUUCAUCUGGAAGGCUCGACUCAGGUGUUGCUGGAGAUAACGCGAGCGCUGGCCUGCCUCUUUUCACAGCCUCACAGUUCGAAGGGACUACAGCUUUACCUAGCAGCUUAUCGGCAUAACAAAUUAGAAACGGCCUCACUGGUCUGCAGCAGACAAGCUGCACACCUGCCCAAAAUAGUAAAAGCUUUCAAAGAUCAAAUAAUGCCUAUGUGUCCCUAUGUUGCAUUAGAUAACAAGAGGUCAGCGACCCCAAUGGAGAAGAAUGCUAUCGAUGUAGAGGAUGCGUCUACAGUUGUUGAGUUUUUAAUGGCUGUUUCCCCUGAUGACAGAGAAAUACAAGAACUUCAAGCAGCAGACUUGCUCUCGAUGGGCAGGUUUGUGGAAAGUGCAGAGAUCUACACUUCUCUUUUACAUCAGAAAUUGUCACCACGGCCUGCUGACGAAUUACCCGAGUAUGGUCCAGAGAGGAAAGCCAGACUCUUAACCUGCCGAGCGGCUACUUGUCUCUCAGCAGGUGGCAAAACGGCCGAGGAGUGCACAGAUCUGGGAGAGGCGUUUGAGAUCCACCCUGCCACUGCCAGAACCUACUUCAAAAAGCUUUUCACCGAUUACGGGACAGGGACGGCAGCUCGCAACCACCUGCGUCAGCAGGCUGAGAGGGGUUUGUCUAGCUUCAAAGAGAGGGUCGUUGUCCGCGCCGACCUAAGAUCUACAGAGGGAGUAGAGCUUCUGGACCCUGUGAUCACUUCCCUCCGGACGCUGUGCCAUUUAGAGCCUGAUGGAGGAGGCAGAGAACUGCGAGUGAGGCUGGCUGACUGUCUCCUCCUCAGAGGGGAGCACAAAGAGGCUCUCUCGAUCUGCAGCCAACUAGCUGCUGCCCAAGGCCAACAGAGCUACCAAAACACAGUCAAAGUUCUUUGUGGAUACGCCCGGCUUCUUUCUGGGGACCACAAGGGGGCGUUAGAAGAUUUUCAAGCUGUGUUAGAGCACACCACGCCGCACCCGUCCAGCUGCGUGAGGGCACUUUGUGGCAGGGGGCUGCUGCGCAUGAUGUCUGGGUCAAAUUACCUCACAGCUCUGGACUACAUGACAGCCAGCAGGCUGCAUCCCCAGGAAACUGCUCUGACACUCCGCUGCUUGGUGCCGUGGAACUUUAGGGGUCUGCUGUUUACGGUUCUGCUCGAGCAGGGCCGAGUCAUGCUGGAGGGGUCCGCGAAGGACAAGUCCGAGUCCGGUUCAAGUGAAGAUCCACAGCAUCCCAAACAUAAGGGGCAGCCUCAGGCACCGUCAAAGAGAGAAAACCACAGCGCAGGAACUCCUACUGGUGUCCAUUCUCUGGCCGGGUUGCUCAUGGACCUUCAGCCCCAUGCUGACGGGCCUCACAUCCUCACAGCAGAUGCGUUGUACCAGCUCGGGCGAGUGGAGGAGGCCUACAGGUUACUGCUGUCUGUGGCUUCCCCCAAUCCUCGGGCUCCUGUCCUGGCUCGCCUCGCACUCCUGCAGCUCCACCGGGGCUUCCACUAUGACACCAAUCAGCUGCUCAAAAAGCUCCUUGCAUGCGGGGAGACCAGCUGCCUGCGCAGCCUGCUGGCUGUGGCGCAGCAGAAGGACCGAGCGCUGCUGCAGGGACUCUGCCACACAGCGGCUAAACGCAUCCUGGACGCCUCGACGGAGGAGAGCUCUGUCAGGGAAGCUGUGGCGUACCUCUCUAUUGCUAUCAUGGCCUCUGUUGGGGAGGCAGAAGAUUCCCUGUUGGAAAGAGCGAGGUGUUACGUGUUGCUGGGCCAGAGAAAGACGGCCAUAUUCGACUUCAGUGCCAUUUUGAAGGAGCGUCAGAAACACGUUCAAGCUCUCUGUGGAAGAGGCUUCACGUACCUCAUGCUCAAUCAGCAAAAGGAAUGUGUUCACGACAUCCUCGAUGCUCUUCAGAUCAAAUCCGACACGGUCGUCAAAGAGAUCCUGUCACUCAAAGACAAAGCCCGGAAGCUGAUCUGCGACUGGCUGCAUCAGUUCGGUCGCACCAGCUUGUCAAACGCCGUGAUCGCUCAGUCGGUUCCCUGCCACGACGAGCAGCUGAGGGAGGCUUUUGUAAUUGGUGGCGCUUUGAUGAGGACAGACAGCAGAGACCCCAGAUGGCAUCUUCUCUAUGUGGACACACUUUUAGCCAAAGGUGAGGUUAAGGCGGCUUCCAGCCACCUCUGCCAGGUUUUUGGCCAGGAGCCGAGGGACGCGGCGGCCCAGGCCAGGCUGGGAGUGGUGGAGACCUGGCAGCAGAGGGACAGGAGCAGCGCAGCCUACAGGCUCAGCAAAGUCACUGGGAAAGAUUCAUCUAGUCUGGACUUCUUGCUGGCUCUGAUCCCGUUUAAUCAGCGAAAAUGCAUGGCGCAGGCAGCAGCUCUGGAAGCCGGCGUUUUGUCAUCGGCUGGCCAGUGGAAUCAGGCUCUCGCUCUCCUGACAGUAGCCGUACAAGCGACGGGACACCGCAGGUCGCAGUAUCUUCGCCAGCGGGCCGCCUGCUUCGCGCAGCUCGCCUCCCAUGAGCGGGCGGUGGCUGACCUGGACGGCGUCAUCCAGAAACAUGCCAGCUGCUCAGACGACCCCAGAAUCUGCGCGGAGGAUCUGUGUCGGCGAGGCCACAGUUUGGUGCUCUGCUCCAGAGAGGGAGCAGCUCUGGAGGACUUCACCCGAGCAUUGGGCCUCCACAGGGAGCAGGCCCUUCAGUGUGUAGAGGCGGGUCUGGGAAGGCAGCGUCUGGCUGAGCUCUUCAUGCGAGCGGCUCUGCAGCAGUACGGGGAGCAGCAGCUCGAUAAGGCCUGGACGCUGAUCGAAUGCGGCCUGGUGGUGGACGGUGAAAACGCAGAGCUACGCAGGCUGAGGGCAAAGGUCAAACGAGAGGUGGCCGGCCCGUGCAACGUCAACUAACUCUGAGGGAAAAGAUUCAGGUGGACACAGAAGAUUUUGUGGUAUUUAUCUGCUGGAGCAUCAUCUAGGACCUUAUAGGACAAAUCAUGGUAAUUCAAAGCACUCUGUGUCUUCCAAGUUCAGCCUAAUUUUAGAAUCAACGUCUUCAUGAUGGAAUAAUGUUUAAUAUGAUGCAAAUAUAUUAUGUUUUAGAUACCAAACAGCACAGUCAGAUAAUGUUGUAUAUACAUGUGGAGCGCUAGCAAAGUCAUUGUUGUAACAAACAAUAGAUGCUUAUUUUAUUGAAAGCAACACUGCAGCCCUGAAUAUUUACUUCAAACUGUCUUAACACUUAACACAGGAGAUUUAAGAAAGUGCCAAAUGUGCAGGUUUCAUGUUUUUAAAAUGCUGGAGGCGUUUCUUUAAUCAUAUUCACGGCAGCAAACACUCAUUAAUAAGUCAAAAAAAAAA